AUGAACGACCCUGAAGCAUCGAGAUGUUUGGAAAAGGCUCAAGCAGCGUCCACAAAGGGGGACUGGGCUACGGCAGCACGGUUGGCGAUGAAGGCAAAGCGGAUGUUCUCUCCCGAUAACUUCAAGGGAAUAGCUGCAGCUGAUCAAAUUAUUAACCACGGAGACAAUCCAAAACCUAAAGCAUCAGCUACAGCAUCAAGUCAACAACACGCUCGACAAAGGAGAGGGGUAUCAACUUCUGUCGAUGACAACAGAACUGAUAGCAACGCCGGAGAUUAUAAUCCAGAACAAGAGGCUAAAUGUCAUGCAAUCCUUCAAGCGAAGGAUUACUACAAAAUUCUAAAAGUAGACAAAAAUUGUUCAUCUGAAGAAGUCAAGAAGGCGUAUCGCAAAUUGGCACUUCAAUUUCACCCUGAUAAAGCAAAGUGUCCUUCGGCUGAGGCUGCUUUCAAAGAGUUAUCGAGGGCUUAUCAAUGUUUGUCCGACCCAGAUGCCCGUCGUCAUUACGAUACGCACGGAACAGAAGAAAACGCACCUCAGCAGUAUCGCCAAAAUUACGAAUCCCAUUUUAUGUCGCCUGAGUUGGAAAUUCAGAUCGAGCUGUCCCAUUUUUCAUCCCUUUGUACAAGUGAACAGAGUCGCAUUUUACAGCAAUUAUCUGCGUUAAAAUUCUACGGCACUCCUGAGCAAUACAGGAGAAAAUCUGAUGUAAGUCCACGUGAUUCAUGA